AUGGCGACCUUUAUAAAUCUGGAAGACUCCCCAAUGUUUCAGAAACAGGUUUGUUCCUUGGAAGGGACAGCUGAAGAGCUUAAAGAUUGUUGUCAGAAGCUUUACAAAGGUGUUAAGAAGUUUAUGGGAGUUUUGGGAGAAGCAUCCAAAGGAGAAAGUGCCUUUGCGGAUUGUCUGGAACAAUUUGGAGCUGGACAUGAUGAUCCUGUGGAGCAUGUGUUACUUGAGAGAUUGAUGAACUUUAUCAAUGUUGAUCUACAAGAAGCUAAGGAGUCUCGCCAUCGAUUUGAUAAAGCUGCUCAUUCGUAUGAUCAGUCUCGUGAAAAGUUCGUGUCUCUCAAGAAGAAUACCAGAGGAGAAACUUUUGCAUACAAUUCAGAGCAAAGAAUGCUUGGGAUAUGCUUCACAAGGAGGAAGCUUUGCCGCGCAUUACUACAUCUUCUUCUGAACUUGGGAGGUGGAAUCAGCUGCAGGGAUGUUACAGAGAUUGGUGGAGUAUCCGGUAUUGGAAAGACUCAGAUUGGCAAGUGUUUGUCUACUGACUCCUUUUUAUAA